GUCCUCAUGCUGCGGGGUUCGAGUCCGUUCGGCUGGUCCAGCGGUUAUCCUGAAUCGCUUCGCUCCAGCGUCACGGCUCUGGAUGACGCAUCCUCGGAUCUGUCGGGUUUAUCCAGACCCAGUGCUAAAUCAAUAUACAAUCAGAGGAAAGAAUAUGCCGACUCCAUCAACAGACAGAUGCAUCAGUUCCAGCACCGAGUGGAGCAUCUGUUCACCUGUGAGCUGGACGGCCAGCAGCUGAGUGAUGUGAACGACUGUCUAGAGCGGCUGAAGUAUCUGGACGCUACGGGCCGAGUGUGGGGUCAGGACGUCCUGCUGGAGGUGCGGGACGGAGCGCUGCUGCUCGCCGACAUCGAGACCCAGGAGGUGUUGGAGUCGUGGCCUCUGAGCAGCGUUCUGGAUCUGAAGGCCGUUCUAGGCGAGAGAGUUUACGACUCUCUGCUGAUCGUCUGCAUUCAGGAGCGCGGUAGUCGCGCAGUCAGCGUCUUCCUCUUCCAGAGCGAGUCUCUCAGGGCUGAUUAUCUGAAGAAAGGCCUGGAGCGGCUCCUGCAGAACAAGAGAGACGAUCACAGACUGACUAACUCCAGUAAAGCCGCUGUUGGAAACGUCACACGGAGAAACUCACGACAAGCAUCUUCUCCACCUCAGCUGAUCCUUCAGAAACCACCCGAACCCUGGGCCGCUCCGGAUUAUGAUGAGAGUCCGGUCCCGCCUCCUCCCGCCUCCAGAAAUAACUCCACCUACAUUAAGGUAGUGGCUCCGCCCCCUCACACAGAAGAACCGCCCAUUAUACCGGACCCGCCCCCUCCGCGGCCGUACACGGAGAGGGAGAGGAAUGUGGACAUCCUGAAUCACCUCAUUAAUGACAUCGAGGCCUUCGCAGGCCGACUGACAGCCGUCGCGUCAAAGAUGGACAAGAAGAAAAAGAAGAAGAAGCAUAAGGCUGUGAAGGGAAUGCCGUCAGAGGAGCAGUUCUCCGUCUGUCUGAGGAAAAUCAAGAUGGCCUUUAACCUGCUGGCCAGCCUGCAGGGGAAGAUUAACAAUCCCAGCGCCGCUGAACUCGUUCACUGUCUGUUCUCUAUACUGGAUCUGGUUGUGUUUCACUGUAAUGAGGAUCUCCCUCCAUCUAUCGUGGCUCCUCUCUUUGAGCCGGAGUGUGUGAUUUUUCUGAGCGAAGAGGCGACGCCGGAGGAGGAUCAUCUGUGGCAGUCGCUGGGAGAUGCCUGGAACAUUCCCAGCACUAAGUGGCCGGAGGAUGAUGAUGAUAUUCCCACCUUCACGCCGUUGUUUGAUGACGGAUGGGAGCCGCCAGCCAUCAGAAACCCAGAGCCAAGCGUCACAAACACGAAUGCUAACACAAGCAAACGAGAGCCAGCUCGAGUGCCUGUGACACGACAAAUGAGCAACAGACUGCCGCCGGAGCCUGAGGACAGUUUAGAGGAGUUACCGGUGAGCUUCAUGAGAGCUGUGUUUGAUUUCACAGCACGAAACCCACGAGAGCUUUCCAUCUGUAAAGGUGAACAACUACAGUUGUUGGACAUGUCUAAACAGUGGUGGAAGGUGAAGAAUGAAAAAGGCCAGAUCGGUUACGUCCCAAACAACAUGCUCCAGCCUCCGCAGCAGCAGGACAAACCUGAAACCCCAUCUGUGCCCACACUCACCCGAAAAUCACGACCCGAGGAGGUGCGGGCCUGGCUGGAGCACAAGGGCUUCAGCAAAAUUACGGUGCGGUGUUUAGGAGGCGUCAGCGGCUCGAUGCUGCUGGGAAUGACGCGUGACGAGCUCAAGACCGUCUGUCCGGAGGAGGGAGGACGCGUCUUCUACCAGCUGCAGAACAUCAAAUCAGCCCUGGCGAUGGCCAGUGAAGUGAGGCCGAUGAUCUGAGCCACAACCAGAUGCUGAAGAAAAUGACGCUAAAUAACUAAAUAUGUAUGCUAUUUCUGCAUUCCGGUUCCGUUUGGACGUUUUAUAAAAUGGU